UUCGCGUGUUUGCCGCCAGUGACAAGUGCUAUCAGUGAGUGCUCCUAAUUGCGCGGAUGGUGACUCACGCUGACCUGGAUUAGUCAAUUACCACCAUUUGAGCAUCUCUAUUUGACACUUAACGGACUACAACCAGAUCUAGUGUUCUAAAAAAAGGAAGUAAAAACCUGGAAGAAAGGUUAAACUAGAAGAACAGUUGAAUUAUUUCUGCUGGCGUUUUCUCCUCGCUAAUCCAUGCAAAAAAGGAACUUAUCAGUCUAUCAGAUGCAAAUCGCAGUUAUCUAGUCCCCUACGUGCGACACGGACGGGAGAUAUCUGCGUCUCGCUCGGCACACUAACCCGGCGGACCGUAGACAUUUCUUCUAUCAGCUGAUAGUCAUUACGAAGAAAUGUUUUGCAUAACAUCACGUUUACCUGUGUAGAGUCAGACGGCGGAGAGCGCAGUCGCGCCAUUUUGUUUUUUUAAAUCGAACGACGAAUUUUUUUUUUUCGAACGACUUUUUUGUGUCUGUGCAAGUGAGAUGGUAGUGUGAUGGAGAGGAGCGUUUUGGCGGAACCGCGGCACGUCCAGUGGGCUUCGGAGCUGCACUCGGAGUACCGCAGCACUUACCGAUGGCACGAGUACAGGGAGCAGCAGCAGCAGCCGGGCGUGGUGCGGCAGCCGGCGCCCACGCCGCCCAGCGCGCUGCCCAUAGCCCGUGGGGCUAUGGAGCCGGCGAUGCCGCGGCGGAAGAAGUACCCGGGCAUGGCGUACAAGACGAACGAGCUGUUCGACCCCGCGCCCGCUGACGACAUCCGGCCCGCGCACUCUUCCGCCUUCGACCGGGCACGAAGUGCCCAAAGGAACGAAACGGAUCGCGCUGGACGGCGGAGUAAAUCUGAGGGCCCACGCCAGCCGCGAUGGACCGACACGGUAGAGCCUAAGGCAACGACCGCACUCGGUGAGGUGCUAGCUGCCAAAGAACCAGAGUCAGCCAGCACGGAGUAUCAGAACCAGUUCGCCUGGCCCAAAGACACCACCGACUCCGUGCCGAGGAAGAGCAUUUCGAUGGGUGCGCUGAAGAAGGCUGCAGUGGCUGAAGGAUCUGUAGAAGCAGAGCCUCUCAUGAACCAUGUGGAUGGAGACCACGAUGAUGGUCACAAGAAGUACAUUGAGGACUAUCUGUGGAACGGUCAGAAACCAGGCGUGCAGAGAAAAUCGACGUUCCGUAGCGCGCUAUCGGCCCUCAUAUACAACGGCGAGGAUCGGUCCAAAGAUAAUAGGAAACGUUACAAAAGCGAGUACAAAAAGAAAUUUAGACCGUUCUCACAGUACAUGUACGAGGCGUCUAAAGGGAAAUUUACGAAAUGCAGGGGGAAAGGGAAGUCGAAUGAGGAGGCGAGCGAGAGGUUGGUGGGGGCGGGGACGGAGGGGGGGCCGGCGAGGGCAGGGGGCGCGGAGGACUCGGCCAGCACGCUGCGCGCCGCCGGCCUACAGCCGCUGGGCCUGGCGCAGGGCGAUUCCUGGUACCGCGAGGUGCUGGACCUGCGCAAGCGCGCCGGCGAGUACAAGUACCGCGGCUGGGGCACGGAGCUGGCGCCGGAGCACAUCACGCAGCUUUACAAUAAGCAGAUCGAGCUCUGGUACCAGGUCUCGCGGCGCUCAUCGCUGUCGGCGCUCGCGCUCGCUUCCACCAACCACAAGGCGUUGCCUCGUGACGAGAAGGACGGUAAGGAGUCCAGGAACCACUCCCCGAAGAAGUUCCGGUCGUUCCGCUCGGCGCCGCACCAGUCCAUCCACGCCAAGCUGCAGGAGACCAAGGCCCUGGAGCGCUCCCCGCACAAGACGUCGCCGCAGAAGCAGAGGAAGAAGCUGCAGGGGCACAGCUUCGACGAGGGUGCUAAUCAGGAAGGUGCUAAGACAGAGGGGGCGUUCAAGUCACCUCGCCGCCGCCCCCGCUCCGCCGACCCCGCCCCCGCGCCCGCCCGCCACAUGGUCAACGGCCACGAGCCCAGCCCGCGCCCCGCUAAACCUACUGAGGACGAGAUAGUCCCGUCUCUUCGCAGCGCGUCCGUGGCCAAGGACCACUUCUUCGACGACUCGCCCGUGGUCAAGUCUCCGCCGGAGCCCACCCGGGUGAAGUCGCCGGAGCAGCUCAACAUGCGCUCGCCGGACCCCGUCAACUGGACCGUGCCGCUCGACACCGGCAAGACCUUCACCGUCACGCAGAACGUCAAAAGCGAGAUCGCCCCGAUCCACCACCAGCAAAUGUCCCCAAUACGAUCGCUGAAAAAGAGCGAAUCGCCGACCAGCCUGAGCAAGCGCACGGACAAGACACCGACCACGCCCGUCAGCCUGACGCCAAUCGAUGAGACCAAGGCGCUCGACCUCAACAAGGUCAACGGGCUGAACGGCAUCAGCCCCCACUCCACCCCGGAGUCGCCCACGCUGGAGGUGGUCAAGAAGUCUACGGAGGCGACCCAGGUCGCCCCCGGGGUGGUGGACACCACCGUCGUCAACGAACCCAGUACUGGCAUCACGGCCGCUGAAGUUCUCGACCGAGCUCGCACGAGAUUCGACAAAUUCUGGGGGAAGAAGGAGGAUGACGUGUAAACGCGACGUUUCUUCUGACAGCGCCAUCUAGCGUUCGCAGACGGAGCUUCAAGCUGUAUUGUGAUCAGUACCGCGAGGCUGUUCCUAUCGCAGUAGCAUAAAACUAUAAUAGCUUCGCUUCGAAACGACGAAUUGUAAUAUGUUUAAUUGAAGAAUUCAUUUUCAUGAGGUGGCUUGUGAAAUGUAGUUCGUACGGCUAGAGAUAGAUCGAAAUGGAUAAGGUCCGUGCUAUAUUAAUUUCUUGCCCCGUCAAUUUACAGACAACCAUGUUCCAUAAUCCAUAGUCCAUAAGCUUUACCGUAAGAAUCUUUUCUGCCCAUUUCAUUCUAUGAUUUCUACGAGUAGUACCCAUAAAAUACCUUCCGAGAGUUAAUGAGUAGUACCUCACACUAAGUACCUACAGUAUCUAAGGAAACAGAUAUUUUAUGGAGUACUUUACAAAUUUUCUAUUUUUGUAGCUUUCUAUAAUAAUCUUGCUUCUUUACCGUCUGUCUUUCCGUCCACAUAGCCAUGGCCAUCGCGAGCUUACAUUUGCCAUCUUUCUUAACGCAAUUAAACAAAUUUACAAAGCAUUUUACUAGUUAGCGAUAAAACGUGUUACGUUUAAAUAGUUUAAUCAUUAAUAUAUUGGUAGCCAUAGUUAUUGCGACGGUGUAAAUUUUUAUACAAGGUGCUUAAAAGCGUAUACGGUAUAAAAUGCUUAAAACCGUCCGUUAGCAGUUUUUUUGUAGAUUAGAGACUGGCAACACACUUAUUAUUUUUUUUCUUUUUUAAAUAGUAAAAACUAAAGAAAUGUUAUGUUUUCAAAUUUCGAAAUAUUUUUUUUCUGCUUUAAUCGUGCUUUAACACGCAUUCAUUAAAAAAUC